GGGGAUGUACCAGCUGCGGUUGUGCAACGCCUACGCGUGGCAGCUACCGCUUGAGAUGCGCCGCGUGGAGGCGCCGAUGCUCGUGGAGCACCCGCUGCCCUACAAGGCGUGCCGCGACUACCGGCUGCCCCUGCGCGAGGGCGACCAGCUGGAGUUCUCGGCCGGGGACGUGAGCAUCGGCACGUUCUCCGUGCGGGGCCUCCCGCAAGACCCGCGCAGCCAGCUGCUCCUGAUCCCGCGCCGCCGGGACGCGGUCUCCAUGGCGGUGGCGUUCGACUCGCACAUCUUCCACCCCGCGGUCGGCCCACAGGUCGCGGUGAUCGACGCCUACCAGGGGGCUCAGCGUUCCAUCCUGAGGAUCAAGGAGCCAACCCGUGAGGAGGAGCUCUCCUUCAACUCCGUGGUGGACGUGGUUCCCGGCUCCUACAGGCUCACCCUGGAGGGCGCCUCGCGCAGGAUCGGAGACACGCCCCAGACCACGGUGCUUAACACCCAGGGGAACAGCGACUACGUCGUCCUGCGGGUGGGCACUGGCUCGGAGAGCUGGCCGGAGGAGCUCAUCGUCUUCCCGCACAGCGGUGGCGCGCGCGCCACCGUGUGCGCCGCGGUCGUCGCGCUCCUGGGCUUGCUGUCCGCGAUGUGAGGGCCGACCCGCGAUCGGGCAGACUAGUCCGGGCGCAGGAGGGUCGUGGGACGGACGUGCUUCUCAUGCUCACCACCCCUGUGAUGCAGCGAUCCAUCCAGCGCGUUUGCGGGUUGUGGGGCGGACGUGCUCAUCAUGCCCCCCGCCGUUUUAUAUUGCAGUUGUCCAUGUAGCCCCCCAGCAUGUGCUUCGGGUUCUAGGCUCUAGGCGCGGCUGGGCGCUGGCUGCACUCCCCUCCUCCCUUCCU